AUGUCGGGCACCGACUUUUUGCGCAGCAUCCAGGCCGAGCUGGAGAGGAGCAAGGCAUCGGUCCCAGGCGCCACGGCACCCCGCGGGACGUGGCCCAUAGGCACGCCCGACAGCUCGGCGCGGCAGCAGCACACCUCGCUGCUGGUCACGCCCGCCAGCCGACACGCGGGCGGCCGGCUGACGCCCCAGCCCAACCCCUCCAUCCUGGGAGGCUACGAGCGGCGGCUGGAGGCGGAGGCCGGGUACAGCUUCCGCAGCAGCCCGCUGACAGCGACUUCUGGGCGGCCUGCAGCUGCAGCAGGAGCCGCUCCUGCUGCAGUUCUGUCUAGCCACGCUGGGGUUGUCACAACGAGGUUCACGCCUCGCGACCCCUCCCCAUUCCGGGGCGCAGGCGGCAGCAGCUUCCAUGGCACGGCAGCGGCGGGCGGCAGCCGCAGACCGGCAAGCGCCGCAGCUGGCGCUGGGAUCGGCAGCCCUCUCAAGAAGCCCAGCCUGCUGGAGCAACACAUGCUGGCCCAGCAAGCGCCAGCGGCCCAGGCCAAAGCCAUUGCUGCAUCGGCGGCGGCAGCAGGGUCCCCCUUUUACCGGCCCUCCCCUGCGGCAGCCAAGCUGGCUGGUUCGGGGGCCCUGGCGGAUGGCACAUCGCCCAGGCGCGCCACCCUGCAGGAGCAGCUGCGCCAGCUGCAGCUGGACUGCUCCCGCACCGCCGCCCAGAACAGCACAGCAGUGGCCAGCAGCGCGGCCGCCACGCUGCUGGCUCGCCCCAGCAGCCAGCUGCAAAUGCAGCAGGACUUCCGAAUCCGCGCCUACCCCGGCAGCAGCGCGGCGCCAGCCGUGGCGCAAGCUGCUCGCCCUGCAGCGCCAGGCACCGAGGCGGCCAGCAGCGGUGGCGGCAGCCCAGCGCGUGCAGCAGUGGCAGCGGUGGAGGAGUUGCAGCAGCAAGAGCAGGCAGCCGACUGGAGGCCCAGCUCUGCCGCCUCGUCACCUGCCGGCAAGCGGCUGGCAGCAGAGCAGGCGGCAGGUGACAGCCCCAGGGGCACCAUUGUGCUGCUCAGCCGCAUCAAUGAGCUGGAGGCACAGCUGCAGCUGGAGCGCAUGAAGUCGCAGGAGGCGGCGGCAGCCGCCGAGGGCCUCCAGGAGCAGUGUGACCAGCUGCAGCAGCGAGCGGCGCAGCAGGCGGGAGCUGUGGAGGCCGCGCACCUGCGUGCAGCAGAGGCAGAGGCACGGGCGACAGAGGCUAUGCAGGAGGCGGCCGCCCUGCGAGGCGAUGUGCAGCGGCGACAGUCGGUGCACAGCGACAGCAUCGACAGCAUUGCGCGCAUGCAGGCUGUUGGGCAGGUGCAGCGGCAGGAGAAUGAAGAGCUGCGGCAGCGGGUGGCACAGCUCAGCGAGGCGUGGGACCAGGAGAAUGCACAUGUGACGAGGCUGCAGCAUCAGCUGCAGGACAUGCUCGCCACCGCCGGCAGCAGCGAGAGCCAGGUGGCGGAGCGGCUGCGGCGGGCGGAGGAGGAGUGGGAGCAGCGCCUGCAGGAGGUGCGGCAGCAGGCGCAGGAGGAGCAGCGCGAGCUGGCAUCGCGCUGCCAGAUGCUGGCAAUUGAGAAGGUGGCCCAGGAGCAAGCUGCCCGGCAGGCGGCUGCCAGGCAGCAGGCAGCCGAGGAGCGGUGCGCUGUGGCAGAGCAGCGCUGGCGCCAGUUGGCGGCGGACAUGGACGCCGUUGCCGCCGACUCAGAAGGCCAGGACCAGCAGCUGCUUGCCGCACGGCAGCAGGCCGAGGCUGCUGGCGAUGCGGUGCGGCAGCUGCGCAGGCAACUGCAGGAGCAGCAGCAGCACUGCGAAGGGUUGGAGGCGGCGCUGGCUGGGGAGCAGGAGCGCAGCAGCAGCAUUGCUGCACGUGCAGAGACGGCAGAGGCGGCGCAGCAUGGCCUGGGGAGCCACGUCAAAGCGACGCACACACAGAUGAAGCGGCUGCAGGACCAGCUUGCGGGCGCGCAGCGGCAGUGCCGGCAGCUGCAGGACGAGAAUGAGGAGCUGCGGCAGGCGCACACCACCAGCCAGGCCUCGUAUGAGCACCAGCUCACCAGCAUGCAGGGCCGCCUGGCGGAGAUGGAGCAGGAGCGCGACCAGCUGCGCCAGCACCUCGCAAAGGCCACCGCCGACUUCGAGGCCCAGCUGCAGGCCAGCGGGCAGCACCGCCAGCAGGUGGCCGCGCUGCAGCAGGCGGCUCUGUCUGCCCAGGUGCAGCGCGAGGCGCUGGAGUCGCGGCUGGCGCAGCUGGAGUGCCAGCUGCAGGAGGCGCGGCAGGCGGCAGCAGCAGCAGAGGACCGCUUGGCCAAGGCUGGCAGGAACGGCAGCGGCGCCUCUCCCCUGCGCGACGUGGUCACCGGGCUGCGCAUGGAGCUCCAAGAGAAGGACCUGCAGCUCAUGCAGGCAUGCAGGACCUUGCGCAGGAUGCACGAGGACCUGAGCCGGGAGCGCGGCAAAGCGCAGGAGCUGCAGAAGCAAGCUGUGGAGCUGGAUGAUCUCCAGCGGGACAGCUCCGAUGCGUUUAGCCUGCGGCAGCAGCUGGCCGCCGCACAGCAUGCCGAGGCGCAGGCGCGGCGCGAGGUGCAGCAGCUGAGGAAGCAGGCGGCGGCGCCUGCUUCCCAUGCCAACAGCCAGGAGGACGGCGGAGACAUGUCACCCAGGAGCAGCAGCAGCAGCGGGAUGAGCGGCGGCGCGUCGCCGGCGCGCCACGGAGCCAGCCGGGCGGCGCCGGGCCGGCUGGAUGCCGCCACAAGGGAGCUGCAGGCGGCGCGGCAGGAGAUUGAGCGGCUCAAGGGUGAGCGGGACCGCGUGCGUGGUGAGCUGGAGGAGCGGGACACCGAGGUGAUGCAGCUGCAGGGGCAGCUGGUCAUGCUGCAGCAGCAGGUCAAGGACGAGGACAACUGGCUGAGCCCGCUGCCAGACCCCUAUGAUCGCUAG